AUGGCUAGUAUUGGGAUCAGUAACGACUUGAACGCCAUGAGUGAAAGACUCGGUCGCAUGGUCAGUGGAUCAUCCAGAAAUGGUGAUCUUGUUACUCCUGAUGACCUUGGUGCAGGCGGUGCUUCGACAGCAUUGAUGAAGGAUGCUAUAAAGCCCAACUCGACGCAAACAUAG